AUGUUCAAAAGCAAGCACCUUUCCGUCCCCGUUGCUAGGAGCUGUCCAGGUACCCGGUCUCUAGGAUCGUCCGCAUCAUCCUCCGCGCCCAACGCCAAGCCUGGGCCAAGCCCGACGUUGCGCGGAACCUGGCUGCGGAGCGGGUUCGAUGUUAGUACCCAAGGCUUUCUCUCCGUUGGCCGAGCGGACGGUGAGCGGAAAGCGGGCGACGGGACCGGCCGCGGUACCACCAUCCACAGAUCCAUGGAUGUCGAAAAGCGUAGAGGGCUGGCUUCUUUGGCUUCUGAUUUGGCCAAUUCUUUCCUCGGAAUGCUCCGCCCUGAUCUCAUUGAGGGUUCAAAAAGCAAUGGCAUUUUCCACACAACGGGCCCCUUUACUAUUGGGUAA